UGUUUAAAUUUCAAACUACUUUGAAGUUUUAAACGGUUACCGUGUUUAACUGAAUUCUUGAUUUCGAAGUCUUUAAGAUUGGUUUAAGUGUGAGUGUAAAAUGGAAACACCUCGUUCCCGAGAAAAUUCGAUGGACAGAAGCCGUGAAUCUGUACACGUCUUUUGCAGACUAAAACCAUUAGAAAACGAGACAGAAACUUCUAUAAAACUACUAUCACCAACUACAUUAACUAUACGUUCGACUGCAGAUAAAUCUACAAAAAGGGAUGUACAUUACAUAUUUAAUCAUAUUUUCACAUCAUAUUCUUCUCAAAAAGAAAUUUUCGACCAUGUCGCUUUGCCCCUUCUAGAAGGUGUCAUUAACGGAAAGAAUGGUUUACUCUUUACAUACGGGGUCACAGGGUCUGGUAAAACAUACACUUUAACAGGUGAGCCCAAUAACCCUGGAAUUAUGCCUCGGUGUAUAGACACAUUAUUUAAUACAAUUGCAAAUUUUCAAACACAAAAAUAUGUGAUAAAGUCUGAUAAAAUGAAUGGGUUUGAAAUUCAGUCAGAGAGUGAUGCUGUUGAAGACAGAUUUAGAGAAACUAGAACAAAUAAAAUAUCCAAAACUAAUCGAAGAGCUAUGGGAGACUGUAAGUCUUACUAUACAAACGAUGGUUCUAGACUUACAAACUUAAACGAGAACAGUUUGUACUGUGUGUUCAUUAGUUACAUUGAAAUCUACAAUAACAUUGUGUUUGAUUUGCUUGAUGAGUCUACUUCCACAAGACCAGAAUCGAAAAUUUUAAGGGAAGAUUCUCAAAAAAACAUGUACGUCAAUGGAAGUGUCGAAUUAGAAGUUAAAUCAGCAGCAGAAGCCUACGAACUAUUUUUCAAAGGGCAGAAGAGAAAACGUAUGGCUUACACGGCACUUAAUGCAGAAUCUAGUCGCAGUCACUCAAUUUUUAAUAUUCGUAUUGUGCAAAUAGAACAAGUUGCACAAAAUAGUCAUGGACAAGCUGCAGUUCCAGAAAAUAAUAUAAUGAGGGUGGGACAGUUGAGUUUAGUGGAUUUAGCAGGUUCAGAAAGAUGCAGUCGGACACAAACUACAGGCCUAAGAUUAAAAGAAGCCAGUAUUAUCAAUAAUUCCUUGAUGACUUUACGUAUUUGUCUGGAAACAUUAAGAGAAAACCAGCAAACUGGUAAUAACAAAUUGGUCCCAUAUAGGGACAGUCGCUUGACACUGCUUUUUAAAAACUACUUCGAAGGAGGAGGUCAAGUGAGGAUGGUGGUUUGCAUAAAUCCUUCUCUUAGAGACUAUGAAGAAAAUCUGCAGGUGCUGAAGUUUGCAGAAAUGACUAAAGAUGUUAAAGUAAUCAAUCCAGAACCACGAACUCCUUACAACAUCAGGAGGGCUAAAACUAAGACUCCCGGGGUCACGAGGACACCUGCGACGAUGAAAAGGUCCAGGCCAGCAUCAUUUUUAUUACCAAAAUUACCAAUAUUCACAACAGAUGCGAAUAAAAGCGUUAAAAGAUUCUUGGAUGAAACAAGUAAUCUUCUCAAAGUUCUAAAUCUGAGAAAAGAAAAAAGCCUUGGCUUUAAUAGUAUUGUUCGUGAAAAAGAAAAUCAUUUUCGUAAACGGCUUGUUGAUAUAAAUCAGCAAAUGUUAGUAUCUCAAUCGGAAGCUCAGAGCAUCAAAGCGCUUUUGAAGAAAGAAAAGCGAAAAAAUUACAAUUUGGAAACGAAACUUGCCGAUGUAGAGGCUAAUCAAAAAGACCUCGAAAUGCAAAUCAGCAAUUUUGAAGAGGUGAUCAAGAAACAGCAGCUGAAGAUCGACGAAAAAGACAUGAAAAUAAACCAAAAUUUGCUCGAAAAGGAGAAAACUAAACAAAAACAGGCUCUUAAGGCUGAAAGGAUAGCCCAAGAACUUGAAGCCAAGCACAGGCAACAGAGGGCUCAUUUGCAAGCUGAAAUGGAUGCUCAAGAUAUGAAACUAAAAAAGGUCAAAGAACUGUUAGACAGCGAGGUCCCCAUGUCUCCACUGCAAAUUCCUGGUAGCAUGGCCACUAUAGAUUUUGAUGCACCCAUGACCACGAAACGAGAAUCUCCACCAGCACAAAGUGAAGGUGUUAUCAAUGAAAGUACUUCCCAUCGUCGUAAUAUGAUCAGGACACCUCUUCGGCAUCGCAGAUCUCGAUCUACUGGCGAUGUAUGGCUGGAACACAAUUCAAUAAAACCUGUGCCCCUUGGGACGGUACUACAACCCUCAAUGAAGAAACGAAAGUCAGUUAGCAAACUAAAGAAAGCAGAUGACGUAACAAAUCCCAAACAGACAAAAUACUGCCUUAUAACUCAAGAACAGGAUGACGAGGGUGAACUAGAAACGAAGGUGUAUAAGGGAGACAUUCUACCCACAUGUGGAGGGGGUGCGCAGGUUGUAUUCAACGAUGUGGAGAGAUUGAGGCAAGAAUCGCCCACGGGCACUCCUACUUCCGGCUACAGACAGUAGGCGUCUCAAAUACUUGUACAUAUAUUGUGAAAUAAUUUUAAGUUUAUUUUUAAGUUUUAUUAAUUGAUUUAAUAUUCGCGAAAGUUUUGUUGUUUUGAUAC